AUGGGUUACAGCAAAGGGAUGCAUCACAAUGGAGUGAGUCAGAAAGGAAGGCCUUAUUUGCUGAUAUUGCUCAUGACAUUUGGGGCUGCACUUUUUGGUGUUAUGGUGCUUCACCGGUUUAGAGAGAAACGCAUUUUCAAUCUUCUUGUCAAACAAAAAGAUCAUCAGCUUAUUACCCUUCAACUUCUCUUGCAGAAGGAAAAAGAUCGCACCAAAGAGUUGAGUAGGAAGAACCAAGAGACAAAGGCAAAAAUAUACACCCUGAGUAGUCAAAAGAUGGAGUUUGCUAGAACAAUUGCUGGGAUGAAAUCUACCAUGAAUUCACUUAAAGAUGAGCAAAAACUAAUAGAAUCUGCGUUCGUGGUGCAGCAGCGUGAGCUAAGAAGGAUGAAGGAAAGAGGGAGUAAUUUGGAACAAAGAGGAUUUGAAAAGAUGGCAUCAAGAGAGAAUCUUAAGAAAAAGGAAGCAGAGAAACAAGAUACCCUAGUUAAGACCACCAGCAGCGGGGUAAUCAUUAAUGAACAUCCAACACCCAUCUUUGAUCAAACUCUGGCAGCGAAUGUGAAUGCAACAACGGAAGCACAGGGUAAAACUCAGAAUGAUAAUCAAGAAAAAGAUGAAAAUUCCAAAAAUGGAGGUGAUGAAGAUAGAAGCAAAUUAACCGAGUUCAAAGAUGGGAAGGUAACAGCUGAAACGCAAGAAGAAAUUAAGACUAAUGAUAAGCCGGAAAAGAAAAAUGACAAUUCUGAAGAUGAUGGUGCCGCUGCAAAAGAUACUGAUGCUGAAGUGUUGGAGGAUAAGAAAGAAAUCAUAGAAGAGCAUCAAAGAAAACUCGAGAUGAACACAGAUGGUGAAAGACGAGAUUUCAAUGCGAAGCAAUUGUCUGGAGAGAAAAGAAAACAAGGCUAUUUAAGUAAAACAAAAAGGAAGCACCGGAGAACCAUCGUUGAGAAUAAGUUAAUGGAGAAUAAUGGGAUUUCUGAAAGUCAUGGAGAGGUAAACAUGAGCAACAGAAAGGUUUACAGAAAGGAUAACAAUGGAACAGUUGUAAGAGACUCUGAUGAGGAAAGGGACCGCAAUAACCAAAGAGAAGCUGGAUCACAGGCAAAACUGUUGAAGACUGAAAACCAUGAAAACAGUGAACAUGACAGCAAUAACCAACGAGAAGCCGAAUCACAGGCGAAAUUGUUGAAGCCUGAAAACCAUGAAAUUAGUGAAGAUCACAGCAACACAACAGUGGUUAUGACUAAUCUGCAGGUGACAGACAGUGGAAUCAAUAAUUACAAGGAAGAGCAUGAAGAUGGUAGUGUCCAACAAAACAUGAGCAGGAGGCGUAUCAAUAAUGCUGAACAACAGAAAUCCAACAUGUUGCAUCAAGAGUCUAAAGAAUUUGAAGUUUCAGAUUUGAAUAAGCAAGAGAAAGAUGCAGGGGAUGAUGGUGAGGAGGAUAAUACCGGCAGUUUCCUCAACGAAUCCCAAUCAGAUUUUGAAGAUGAAAGUGAGAAAGAAGAGUACAAGGAGGAAACAGACGAAUCAGAGUUCCAGAGUGGUUUGUAA